CCUUCUCCCCCGCCCGCCGCCCCAAAGCCAAGCAGCAGGAUGUCAAGAUGGCCCAGCUGCUUGUACCGACGGGACCCGACAGCUUCCGCCCCUUCGUACCCGAGUCGCUGGCCGCCAUCGAGAGGCACAUCGCCGAGGAGCUGGCCCGCCGGCCGCGGGCGGAGCGCCGCGGGGCCGACGGCGCCGGAGGAGACGAGGACGACGAGCCGCGGCCCAACGGCGACCUGGAGGCGGGGAAGUCCCUGCCCUUCAUCUACGGGGACGUGCCCCCGCGCCUGGUGUCCACGCCGCUGGAGGACCUGGACUCCUUCUACUGCAACCAGAAGACCUUUAUAGUAUUGAACCGUGGGAAGGCCCUCUUCCGCUUCAACGCCACGCCUGCAUUGUACAUCCUCAGCCCCUUCAACCCUCUGCGGCGGAUCUCCAUCAGAGUCCUGGUCCACUCGAUGUUCAGCGUGUUGAUCAUGUUCACCAUCCUGACCAACUGUGCGUUUAUGACCCUCAGCAACCCCCCCGACUGGGCCAAGAAUGUGGAAUACACUUUCACAGGGAUCUACACCUUUGAGUCACUCAUCAAGAUCCUGGCCAGGGGCUUCUGUGUGGGCAAGUUCACGUUCUUGCGCGACCCCUGGAACUGGCUGGACUUCAGUGUUAUCCUCAUGGCAUAUGUCACAGAGUUUGUGGACCUGGGCAAUGUCUCAGCACUGCGAACCUUCAGGGUUCUGAGGGCCCUGAAAACUAUUUCUGUCAUCCCAGGCCUGAAGACCAUCGUGGGGGCUCUGAUCCAGUCGGUCAAGAAGCUGUCGGACGUCAUGAUCCUGACUGUCUUCUGCCUCAGUGUGUUCGCCCUCAUCGGCCUGCAGCUCUUCAUGGGCAACCUGCGCCAGAAGUGCGUGCGUUUCCCGCUCUGGUACAACUCCUCUGUCAACGACACCCUCGACAGCCUGAGCGAUAGCCUGCUGCUGAACCACAGCCUAGCGCUCAGCGAUAGCCUAGCAUUGAACGGGACCUUCAACUGGACCGAGUACAUGAACAACGACAGUAAUUACUACAGCCUCCCCAACCGUCGGGACCCGCUGCUCUGCGGAAACGGCACUGGCGCCGGGUUGUGUCCCGAGGGCUACAUCUGCCUGAAGGUGGGCCGUAACCCAGACUACGGCUACACCAGCUUCGACUCCUUCAGCUGGGCCUUCCUCUCAUUGUUCCGCCUGAUGACCCAGGACUACUGGGAGAACCUGUACCAACAGACGCUGCGGGCGGCCGGUAAGCCCUACAUGAUCUUCUUCGUCCUGGUCAUCUUCCUGGGCUCCUUCUACCUGGUCAACCUGAUCCUGGCCGUGGUGGCCAUGGCCUACGACGAGCAGAACCAGGCCACCAUCGAGGAGAACCAGCAGAAGGAGGAGGAGUUCCAGGCCAUGCUGGAGCAGCUGAAGAGACAGCAGGAGGAGGCGCAGGUUGCCGCGGCAGCAGCAGCGGCAGGGCCUGAGGAGGAGAGCGGGGAGUACAGCGAGCGAGGUGAAGGGGGAGGAGGAGGAGGAGGAGGAGGAGGAGGGAGAGGAGGAGCCGCCGUCACCUCAGAGUCCUCGUCCCUGGCGUCCAAGCUCAGCUCCAAGAGCGCCAAGGAGCGGCGGAACCGGCGCAAGAAGCGCCGGCAGCGGGAGGAGGAGGAGGAGCGGGGCCGGCGGGGCACGGUCCGCAAGUCCGAGUCCGAGGACAGCAUCAAGAGGUCAAGCUUCCGCUUCUCCAUCGACGCCAACCGCCUCACGUACGAGAAGAGGUGCUCCUCGCCCAAUCAGUCCCUGCUCAGCAUCCGGGGCUCGCUCUUCUCGCCGCGCCGCAACAGCCGCGCCAGCCUCUUCAGCUUCCGGGGGCGGGCCCGCGACGCCGGCUCGGAGAACGACUUCGCCGACGACGAGCACAGCACGCUGGAGGAGGGGCCGUGCGGGGACGACAGCCGGCGCGGAUCGCUCUUCGUGCCGCGGCGGGCCGAGCGCCGCUACAGCACGGCCAGCCAGGGCAGCGUGUGCAGCGGCACCGUGCCGCGCGACAGGCGUCUGCCCGCCAACGGGAAGAUGCACUGCGCCGUCGACUGCAACGGCGUGGUGUCGCUGGUGGCCGGCGCCGCGGGGGGGCUGCCUCUGCCACCGCCCACUCCCCCGACCGGCCGUCUCCUGCUCCCCCAUGAGGGGACCAUGACGAUGGACACGGAGCUCAAGAAGAGGUGCUCCAGCUUCCGCAAGGCGUCCAUGGACUUCCUGGAGGAGCCCGGCGCCCGGCAGAGAGCCCUGAGCAUCGCCAGCAUCCUCACCAACACCAUGGAAGAACUGGAAGAGUCCAGACAGAAGUGCCCCCCCUGCUGGUACAAGUUCGCCAACUCCUACCUGAUCUGGGACUGCCACCCCACCUGGCUGCGGUUCAAGGAGGUGAUGAACAUGGUGGUGAUGGACCCCUUCGUGGACCUGGCCAUCACAAUCUGCAUCGUCCUCAACACGCUCUUCAUGGCCAUGGAGCACUACCCAAUGACCAUCGAGUUCAACAACGUGUUGUCUGUGGGGAACCUGGUGUUCACGGUCAUCUUCACGGCCGAGAUGUGCUUCAAGAUCAUUGCUCUGGACCCCUACUACUACUUCCAGCAAGGCUGGAACAUCUUCGACAGCAUCAUCGUCAGCCUCAGUCUGAUGGAGCUCGGCCUGGCCAACGUAGAGGGGUUGUCUGUGCUGAGGUCCUUCCGAUUGCUGAGGGUGUUCAAGCUGGCCAAGUCGUGGCCAACCCUCAACAUGCUGAUCAAGAUCAUCGGCAACUCGGUGGGUGCCUUGGGCAACCUCACCCUGGUCCUCGCCAUCAUCGUCUUCAUCUUCGCGGUGGUGGGCAUGCAGCUCUUCGGCAAGAGCUACAAGGAGUGCGUGUGCAAGAUCCACGCCGACUGCAAGCUGCCGCGCUGGCACAUGCACGACUUCUUCCACUCGUUCCUCAUCGUGUUCCGUGUGCUGUGCGGCGAGUGGAUCGAGACCAUGUGGGACUGCAUGGAGGUGGACGGCCAGAGCGUGUGCCUAAUCGUCUUCAUGAUGGUCAUGGUCAUCGGCAACCUGGUGGUUCUGAACCUCUUCCUGGCCCUGCUGCUGAGCUCCUUCAGCGCCGAUAACCUGGCCGCCACGGACGAGGACAGCGAGAUGAACAACCUGCAGAUUGCUGUGGGCCGCAUCCAGCGCGGCAUCGCCUUCUUCAAGGCCGCCAUGCGCAAGUUCCUGCGGAGGAUCUGCUUCGACGGGGUCGCCGGCAGAGGCAAGGACCAGGCCAUGCCCCUGGAGAGCAAGACCGUGGAGGAGUUGCAGAGCAACGGCAAGGGCAACUGCAUCUCCUCCAACCACACAGCGGUGGAAGUCAUCACCAAGGAGCCCAGCCCGGCGGGGGAGUACCUGAAGGAGGGCAAUGGGCGCCCGGGGUGGGGGGGGGUCCUGGGGGUGAGGGUGAGUGACGGCGGGGACAACAGCCCGAUGGAGAAAUACCCUGUGGAGGACUGCGACUACAUGUCCUUCAUCCACAACCCCGUCCUGACGGUCACGGUGCCGAUCGCCGUGGUGGAGUCGGACUUUGAGAACCCCAACACGGAGGAGUUCAGCAGCGACUCGUCGGAUGUGGAAGGCAGCACUGAGAAAAUAGACAUCGAGCCCAGACCCCCGAGCUCCUCUGAGGGGAGCACAGUGGACAUCCGACCCCCCGGGGAGGGGUGCGAGUCAGAGGAGAUGGAGCCUGAGGAGUCCAUGGACCCGGCGGCCUGCUUCACCGAUGGCUGCGUGCGCAGGUUCCAGUGUUGCCAGGUGAGUGUGGAGGAAGGCUGGUGGAAGAGCUGGUGGACGCUGAGGAAGACCUGCUUCAUCAUAGUGGAGCACAACUGGUUUGAGUCAUUCAUCAUCUUCAUGAUCCUGCUCAGCAGUGGAGCCCUGGCCUUUGAGGACAUUUACAUUGAGCAGCGGCGGACAGUGAAGACCAUGCUGGAGUACGCAGACAAGGUGUUCACGUACGUCUUCAUCCUGGAGAUGCUGUUGAAGUGGGUGGCGUAUGGUUUCGUCAAGUACUUCACCAACGCCUGGUGCUGGCUGGACUUUCUUAUUGUUGAUGUCUCUAUUGUUAGCUUGGUGGCUAAUGCACUGGGCUAUUCUGAGCUGAGCGCCAUUAAAUCUCUGCGAACACUGCGGGCCCUUCGACCCCUGAGGGCCCUUUCCCGGUUCGAGGGCAUGAGGGUGGUGGUGAACGCUCUGCUGGGUGCCAUCCCGUCCAUCAUGAACGUGCUACUGGUGUGCCUCAUCUUCUGGCUCAUCUUCAGCAUCAUGGGCGUAAACCUGUUCGCCGGCAAGUACUACUACUGCGUCAACACCACCAACGACGAGGUGUUCCCCAUUGACGUGGUCAACAACCGCAGCGAGUGCCUGGCGCUGGUCAACGACAGCGCGCGCUGGAAGAACGUCAAGAUCAACUUCGACAACGUGGGCGCAGGCUAUCUGGCGCUGCUGCAGGUGGCAACGUUUAAGGGUUGGAUGGACAUCAUGUAUGCUGCCGUGGACUCUCGCAACUUGGAGGAUCAACCGGAGUAUGAGGUGAACCUCUACAUGUACCUCUAUUUCGUCAUCUUCAUCAUCUUCGGCUCCUUCUUCACCCUCAACCUCUUCAUCGGUGUCAUCAUCGACAACUUCAACCAGCAGAAGAAAAAGUUUGGAGGUCAGGAUAUCUUCAUGACGGAGGAGCAGAAGAAAUACUACAAUGCCAUGAAGAAGCUGGGAUCCAAGAAGCCCCAGAAGCCCAUACCCAGACCUACGAACGCGUUCCAAGGCUUUGUGUUCGACUGCAUCACCAAGCAGGCCUUUGACAUCGUCAUCAUGAUCCUCAUCUGCCUCAACAUGGUCACCAUGAUGGUGGAGACGGACGACCAGGGUGUGGACAUGGACUGGGUGCUCUACUGGAUCAACCUGGUGUUCAUCGUGCUGUUCACGGGCGAGUGCGUGCUCAAGAUGGUCUCCCUGCGCCACUACUACUUCACCAUCGGCUGGAACGUCUUCGACUUUGUGGUGGUCAUCCUGUCCAUUGUUGGUAUGUUUCUGUCAAAAGUCUUCGAGAAGUACUUGGUCUCUCCGACGCUAUUCCGCGUCAUCCGCCUGGCGCGAAUCGGCCGCAUCCUGCGCCUGAUCAAGGGCGCCAAGGGCAUCCGCACACUCCUCUUCGCCCUGAUGAUGUCCCUGCCGGCUCUCUUCAACAUCGGGCUCCUCCUCUUCCUCGUCAUGUUCAUCUACGCCAUCUUUGGCAUGUCCAACUUCGCCUACGUCAAGCACGAGUCGGGCAUCGACGACAUGUUCAACUUCGAGACCUUCGGCAACAGCAUGAUCUGCCUGUUCCAGAUCACCACCUCGGGCGGGUGGGACACCCUGCUGGCGCCCAUCCUGAACAAGCGCGAGCCCGACUGCGACAGCCAACUGGAGCACCCGGGCAACCCCAACAAGGGCAACUGCGGCAACCCUUCGGUGGGCAUCCUGUUCUUCGUCAGCUACGUCAUCAUCUGCUUCCUGAUCGUGGUCAACAUGUACAUCGCCGUCAUCCUGGAGAACUUUAGCGUGGCCACAGAGGAGAGCGCCGAGCCGCUGAGCGAGGACGACUUUGAGAUGUUCUACGAGGUGUGGGAGCGCUUCGACCCCGACGCCACCCAGUUCAUCGAGUACGCCCGGCUGUCGGAGUUUGCCGACGCCCUGGACCCGCCGCUGCGGAUGCCCAAGCCCAACAAGAUCCAGCUGAUUGGCAUGGACCUGCCCAUGGUGAGCGGCGAACGCAUCCACUGCCUGGACAUCCUCUUCGCGUUCACAAAGCGCGUGCUUGGCGAGGGCGGCGAGAUGGACGUGCUGCGCGGGCAGAUGGAGGAGCGCUUCAUGGCAUCCAACCCGUCCAAAGUGUCCUAUGAGCCCAUCACCUCCACGCUGCGGCGCAAGCAGGAGGACACGUCGGCGCGGAUGAUCCAGCGGGCGUUCCGGUGCCACCGUGUCCGCCUGGCCAUGAAGCGGGCGUCCAAGCUGUACAAGGAGCAGUUGGCGGUGGGCGUGCGGGACCCGGACAAGGACGUGGUGGUCUUUGGCUUGCCCGAGGAGAGCUCGGAGAGGUCGAACAAAACGGAUCUCACGCUGUCGACGGCGUCGCCUCCCUCCUACAACAGCGUGACCAAGUCGGCGAAAUACGAGCAGGGGGACUCGGAGAAGGAGAACAUGGGAAUGGACUCACGAGGCAGGAGGCAAUAGACAAUGUAUCCGCCUGGGGGGAAACUAAUGAGAAUAACUUUUUAUGAAGGGGGUGAGUUUGUUUAUGUUGCUUGGAAAGACUUAUCGACUAUCAACUGAAAUCUGGACGUUUCGAUUUGAAUCCGUGACACCGACGGCUAUGUGGCACCACGUAAACGAUGGAAACUUUGACGGUGAAUCAACAUAAAAGGAAAGACCCCCAGACAGAGUGGGAUUAUUAUGGGGGUAUCAGGGGUUGCUGGGAUGGGCUUUGUCUGCAAAACGCUUGUAAUCUUUCUCCUUCUGGUUGAUGUUCAUAUUUCAGACACCUGAGUGUGCUACCGUUAAGUUGUCUGUAGCUAGUGCCGCUGCUACUAAUCUAGAAAUCCAGUGUGUCUUGAAUCUAACAAUCUCUUUUUAUCUGUUAGUAUGAAUAUUUUUUUUAAUCAUUGUUUCGCAAUUGUGAGAAUGUGAGCAUACUUUGCAUUUUAAUCACAUCCCCAAGGGAAGAAAUCAGCCAGUUAUUGUCCGAAUUUUAACAUCAACAACUGAGGCAACCACCUCAACGAAUGCUUUCGUGGUUGCUCUUUCGUUUCGUUACGUGUUUUGUUUUUAUUUUAAUAUAUUCAAUAUAUAUAUCAAUAUAAAAGCAACGUCAAAAUCACAAGCGCCAUUCUGAAGUACCAUGGAUAUGUACCGUGUGUUGGGUCAGCAAGCCUUCCGUUGAUUGUGCGUGAAUCUCUCUGCUGUACUCUCGUUGUCGCCCGGUCACCUCCCGCUCAAAGCCGCAGUGUCAGAGAAAUAGAAGGACUCGGACGACCCGAGUUUGGAAUCAGUAGGACGCCAUUUUUUUUAUUACCCCAAUCUUCAUGUUGACUUCUCCCGCCAUACACACGCCUACAACAGUUGUACUGAAGUCUCCUCUUCCUCUUGAAAAAAAGAAGAAAGAAAAACGUCGUCCCUCUCUCUUUCUCUCUCGCGCUUCUUUUCGUACGCACUCGUGACUAUAACUCUCAUUCUGGGGCAAUUGACAUAUGUGCGGAAAAAGGGUUGCCGAAUGUUGAUAUUUGUAACAUGCUGGCCAAUUAUAAACACACCAUAUGACACAUUGGGUAUUUGGAGUUUUUGAAAAUGUCUGUAAGCCAUCAUCACUGUUGUUCUCGUUUUCUGUUGAUAAAGCGAGUGGUUGUGGUGCAGUGGUUUAGAUUGUAUGAAGCAUAGUGUUUAGACAGCAUUGCACUUGCAUUUGACCUACUGGCACUUUUCAUUCCUCAUAUGGAUCCAUGCGUGGCAGCGGUGGUGAUGGUGGUGCGUGUGCGUAUGUGCGGGUUCGUCCAUGUGAGUGUCAGGUCUUCAUAUGUCUGUUCCAUGUCUUUGUAAAAAAUGUACAUGUGUGUGUUGAAGUGCGACUGAGAGAAUGUAAAGUUACUAUAUUAUCGUUUCUCUCUAUAGGGAGUGUGUAUCUCUGCGUGCGUGUGUGUGUGUGUGUGUGUGAGUAUUGUCCAAACUGGACACUGUUCAGAUUGCAGACUGAUUGAUUAUAAAUAAAAUUUAUACUGUAUAUAAGAGUGAA